GGAUUGAUUGACUGUCCAUCUUGCUUUUGUCCAAUUUCUGGCCAAAUCAUCAAUUCAGCCGUGUGUUAUUGGUUGCUUCCAAUUUCCUUGGAAAGCUAUGUAUUUUGGACCAUUCAACUGACCAGUUCAAAAUUUGACCUCUGAAAUUUUUGUCUUUUAUCCUUCAGUUUUGACCAGCUCGUAUUCCUGGCAGCAAACGGAGCAAGAGCAAUAGAAGAAAUGAAAAACUUGGUUAAUGUUGGCUUGGUUCUGGAUUUCAACUCAUCAAUUGGUGUCAUGUCAAAUACUUGCAUUUCCAUGGCAAUCUCGGAUUUCUACGCCACUCAUUCAAGUUACAAAACAAGACUAUCUCUACACACCAGGAAUUCCCAAGAUGUUGUAGGUGCAGCUUUUGCAGCUAUGGAUUUGAUCAACAAUGAAGAAGUAAACGCAAUUGUAGGGCCCCAAACAUCAAUGCAAGCUAAUUUUGUGAUAAGUCUAGGAGAAAAGGCUCAGGUUCCCAUUAUUUCUAUCUCAGCUACAAGCCCCUCUCUUUCUACAACAGAAAACAAAUUUUUCAUCCGGACAGCACUAGAUGAUGGCUCUCAGGUGGAACCUAUUGCAUCCCUUGUUCAAGCCUAUGGAUGGCAGCAAGCAGUCUUUGUAUAUGAAAACACAGAGUAUGGAAAUGGCUUGGUUCCCUAUCUAGCUUAUGAAUUUCAGCAAUUCAACAUUCAGAAGGUGAUAAACAACCUGUCAAGAUUUGUGCUGAUUAUAUGGAUAUUUGUGGUGCUUAUCCUAACGCAGAGCUAUACUGCGAGCUUAGCCUCAAUGCUGACAGUACAACGUCUGCAGCCAGCAGUGGUUGAUGUGGAUGAGCUGAAGACAAAUGGCGACUUUGUAGGGCACAGGGCGGGUUCAUAUAUCAAAGAAUUUUUGAUAAAACAGUUGCACUUCGACCCAUCCAAGUUGAGGCAUUACAGCACCCCUGAAGAGUUUGACGAAGCAUUAUCAAGGGGAAGCCAAAAUGGUGGUGUUAGUGCGAUUUUUGAAGCAGAGCACAUCCUCCAACUCUUUCUUCCCCACUAUUGCAGCAAGUUCAUGACGACAGGACCAACCUACAAAACUGAUGGACUUGGCUUCGCCUUUCCACAAGGGUCACCUCUUGUUGCAUACAUGUCUCGGGUAAUCUUGAAAGUCACCGAAGACAAGGACAAAAUGGAUGUUCUCAAGCGGAAAUAUUUUCCAGACAAAUCAGCUUGCCGAGAUCAGACUACAACCUUUUCAGGUAGUCUCAAUGUACAGAGUUUUGGUGGCCUCUUCAUCAUUACCGGAGUUGCUUCACUUUGUUCUCUCUUGGCAUAUGUCGUAAGAUUUCUACACUCAAACUGGCCUCAGUUGCAAACCAGACAUCAGGAAAGAUCAUUCUGGUCAACAGUUUCUGAACUGGCAACACAUUUCGAUCGAAAAGAUCCAUCUAUUCAUUCUUAUGAUCGAAGUGAAUCUAGGAUACAUUCCGAAUCUAGUCCCCAAGAGUUCAGAAACAUUGUCUGAUCUUGAAAAUAAUCAAUUUCUCUUUCU